AUGUACUCGGCCUGGUACUAUUUCAAACCACAUACGAUCUACCUUCACACUAAUGCGGACGACGAAAAGCUCGAAUGCGCUCGGAACGGGACGUAUGGAAGAUGGGCCAUGCACAUGUUUGCAAUACCCGGUCUGAAGGUCAACUGGAUGGAGGCUCCCCACGAGACGAACCUUGGGGUUAAAUUAACCUUCAAAGAGCACAUAUCAGACUUUAUGAGAGUUAAGGCUGUCCACGAUUUUGGUGGUGUGUACGUGGACUUCGACGUGCAGGCGUUACGAGAUGUUGCUGGGCUGCGGACAAGUGGGUUCAACGCCAUCGGAGGUCGACAGCUAAAUCAUGAAAUGAAUAGCGGCACAUUCAUGUCAAAAAAGGGUGGUAAGAUGGUCAAGCUUUGGAUGGAAAAUAUGCACAAGGUCUAUAAUGGCGGCUGGACGACGCACAGCAACUGGUGCUUGACUAAAGUUGCAGAAAGCUUGGUUCAAGAGCCUGGUGAAGUCCUCAUUUUGGACAGACAGGCUUUCGCUCCCAUUGGCUGGAACGCGGAGGACGCUGUUCAAUUAUUCGGCUUGCAUAACAAGUCUACAAGCUUGGAAGAAGGCGCGACCGAUUUGCAGUCGCGCUCCGACGAUGAGCACGUAAUCAAUUGGCAAGUAGACCGGCCGUCGUGGCCGUAUGAUUGGUCGGCGUCGUAUCUUCUGCAUUCGUUUACUCCGGACUGGAAUGUGGUGCCUGUUGAGGGAGUCUACGACAUCUCUCCGCACUACGUCUGGGAACGUAGAAGUAACUACGCACAAGCGACCUACACAGUAGUAAAAGACAUGUAUUUAAAGGGUAUCUUGUCUCCUGAAGAUAUUGAGUAA